UUAGUCGCUUCAUUAAAUGCUCCUGGCUCAGAGCUGUCACUGACAAGUCAGGUUGAUCUGAGGCACUGUGAGGUUUGUACUCGAAGCUACAAGUACAGGACUACUAUAAAAUGAGCUCAAGCGCCGUGUUAGUUGUACUGCUGGUGGCAAUGCUGGAAGUGUGUGCGUGCUCUGAUUUACAGAGAUGCACUGCAGCCUACAAACUGGUAGCGUUCUCGGCGGGGAGAUCAAACGAUCUUGACCAGACGGGGAAAGGCAACGCUGUGGUUGUCUACGACACCGUCUUUCUGAACGAUGGCAACGGUUAUAAUAAAGACACGGGGAAAUUCACUUCACCGACCUCAGGGGUCUACGUCUUCCAUUACCAUAGUCUCAGCCACUACAACAAGCCCAUAUUUGUCAGAUUGAACCACAAUGGCCAAAUAAAGAAUACUGGGUACGGUAAACCUUCUACGGGACAUGCGACAGGCAGUAAUACUAUUGCUUUGCGGCUGGCAGAGGGAGACGAGGUGUGGAUUGAUUUAGUUGGGGGCCACGCCCUUCACAACCAUCCUGGGGAGUUCCACAGCACGUUCACCGGUUACCAGCUCUAUCCAGACAGCAGCAGCAUUAACACCGUGGCUUUCCGUUGACGCCCUGGCAUUUUGUUGGAAGAGUCGGAGGUAUUCCUCUUCGAUAUUGUUAACAUCAAAUAUAUGAUACACGCUGUUUUGCUAACAUACAUGGUUUUAACAAUUGAACAAUCUUUGUAAUUUUGGUAGUAAUGAGCUACAUGUAGAUUUACUUCCUUGAUACUCCGGAAAAUAAAUUCAGACACUUUAAUUUA